AUGGCCCUCCAGCAAUAUGCCCGAAAGACCCAAGAGCCUAGCUCUUUGUCAUCCCCCCUUCAGGACACGGAUGUAAUUGUGGGUAUAAUCAAAAGUGCGCAUCUCAACACGAAGCAUAGUGAUAUGACGAUCAUGUGCCAGGGGAAGACCUUUCCGGCACAUAAGCUCGUGGUCUGUCCAAGAUCAAAGUAUUUUGAUCGAGCAUGUGAUGGCCGAUUCAAGGAAGCGGGUGGCUUGAUUCAUCUGGAUGACAAAGAUCCCAUUCUGAUCGAAAAAGUGCUUGAAUUCCUGUACAAAGGAAUGUACACCAUACCGCCCCGCCUCGCCCAGGGAAAGAUACCCCCAGCCGACUCGGUAGCUGGCCGUAGCGCAUGUUACUUCAAAGCACGUCUGUACGCCGAGGCAGAUUACUUUAUGAUCGAUGAUCUCAAACGAAACAUAUUGGAGUCUUUCCGCGAAUCAUUCCUGGGCGGGUACAAUGGCUCGUUUCAAGUCCCUGCUAGUUUAGUAGUGGAUGGCGAUACGUUUGCAGAGACUAUUGAAGAGAUAUACUCAACAAGAGCUGACUAUAAGGAGCUGAGAAAGGUAGUCAUGGAGAACGUCAAGGGAAACCUUUACUUUCUUCGGAGAGGAAGUAGCCCGAUGAUAAGUUCGAAGCUUAUGAAGUCAAACCCUGAUUUCACCUACGAUUUGUGUGAAGUGACCCUCACCAAGCUUUUGCGUGAUUGA